CACAACCAAUUUACCGUGAUUCUUAAUUGAUAUCUGUCGACUGUUGCAUGGCUAACGGUGGAUCGAAGAUGUACUAUCUGCCCAGAGAUGUAUACAGAGCACCAAAGACACCUUCACAAAUGCUUGAUUCACAAACAUGGAAGAUUAUCGACCUGCGUUACUGUGUAUUUGUAGCGGGAUUCUGCAUCAUCUUCGCCUUUGGUUACGGUUUGCUAUUCCAUCUUUUCCAGCUGCCUUGUGGUUCGUAUGGAGGGGUUCUUAUGUCACUGCCCGCCCGACUGUCGCGGAAAAUGCAAGUUAAUAGGAUCGGAUGCCACAUUGCGAGCUUUGGUGACAUUUUGGAAUUUUGACCGAGUUAAUUUUAUGCUGGAUUUUCUCAUUUGAUUCAGUGGUGCCCGAUGACUUGGUUGCCUUAUUUGCUCGCAUUUGUUUAUCUAUGUAUGCGAAAGCUGGCAACCACUUCGGCUUGCAUUCUCGUCCUGUAAUGUUGCAAGAUGAUUUGAACAGUCUAUUUUCUAUGCCUCUCUUAAUGUGCUCAAAAUUAACUAAA